UAAAGGGCAACUGGACGCAGAAACUCCCCUGAAUUUUAGUUACUUUCAAAGGGGAGACUUUUUAUAAAUAUUUCCUUUUACAAAAUGGUUACAAGUUUAAAUUACAGUAAUAAAAUGUUUGUUGAACAAACAAUAACCCUUCUGUUUUCAUUCCUUUAAGGCUCAUUCUGACUGAUAAGAGUUUUGAGACAGUUAUCUUACAGUGAAAAUCUCACACCGUUGCAACCCUGUAUAUCUGUGCUAAAACAAUUAAUAAACUGAUCAAUUAACUGCUACAUGUAUUCCACAUCAAGGGAGCAAAACACCUGCUGGAUAAAGCUAGGGCACACAAAUGUAGGGUUGCAGCGAUAUACUGGUUUUAAGGUAUACUGUGAGAUAAAAGUUGAUGGUUAUCAUAUUUGCUUUUCUAUGAUAUUGAAAAAAACAUGCAACUGCAUGAAGAAUAUCAUCUUUAUUUUUGUUGUUUUCAAACUGGAGAUGUUUUAUAUAUCUUUAACUUUAACAAUAUGGUUUCAACUUUCGACUAUAGUAAUAAAAUAUUUGUGACAUUUUCUGAGAUGACUGUCAUACUGUGAAAAUCUCAUACCGUUGCAGCCCUAUAUGUCUGUGCUUAACAGAGAAUCUCCCCUUUACUUUAAUUAUUUUCAAAUGGAAGACUUUUUAUACACAUUUCCUUUUACAAAAUGGUGUCAAGUUUCAAUUAUAGAAAUAAAACAUUUGUUCUGUUUUCAUUUCUUUAAGUCUCAUUCUGACUGAUGAUAAGACUUUUCUGAGAAACAGGGUUAUCGUACCCUCUCAUACUGUUGCAACCCUAUGUCUGCUAUAACAAUAAGUAAAUUAAUCAAUUAACUAUUACAUUAAUAUAAAGUUAAAUAAAUAAAGUCAGGGCACACAACUGAUAAGAGCUGCUUGACUUUCUGUGUUGAUUAGGGCUGCAAUUAACGGUUAUUUUCAUUGUCGACUAAUCUGUCGAUUAUUCCUUUGAUUAGUCGACUAAUCAUUUUAAAAUGUUGAAAAAUGUCGGUCUGUCUCACCCAAACCCCAAAAUGAUGUCAUCUAAUGUCUUGUUUCGUGCUCACACCAAAGGGUUUGAGUUCACCGUCAUGGGAGAGUGUGUAAAGCUGCCAAUAUCUGAACGUAACAAGCUGCAAUAAGAGUAUUUGGUACUUUUAUAGUACUUUUAUAUGAAAAAUAACUCAAACCGAUUAGUCGGUGACUAAAAUAGUCAACGAUUAUUUUAAUAGUUGAUUAGUCAUCGAUUAGUCGACUAAUCGCUGCAGCCCUGGUGUUGAUGUUAUAUUUUAAUAUAAUACACUGAAUUAUUUGUGUUUUUCACUGUCUGUCAGGUAAAGUAAACAGUUUCAGUCAUUCUUCUGGAUUCUGGUGUUGUGAUGAGUAUUUGCUGACUGUCUAUUAUCAUGAUUAAUCGAAUAAACGACACGUUAAUCGAUCAUAAGCAGCCUCUGCUUAUCAAUUUCGUGUCAUUAUCUUGCAUUAGUACAGCAAGCUAAAUGUAGCUAGCUGCACCCUUGGGUGUAGAGCACAAUAAGUCAUACACACCUGUCUGGUUUCACAUAAUGACCGUGAGCAUCAGUGGGCAGCUGUGUUUUCAUGUGCUUCGUGUUUUGGCUUCUGGUGGACCAGAGACGACGCCCGAGUGCUAGCUUAGCGGCGGUUAGCUUAGCCAGCAGCCGCCGCCAUUACCAGCCGACGUUAGCUAGCUGCUAGCGCUAACACAGGCCUGGAUGUUUGCCGAUAUCACCUCAGGGGAGCUUCAUCUGACAGUUUCUGUUUGAGUUUAAUUGAUAUAAAUGUACGAUACUGUUCAGUAUACGUGGCCACAUUUAUCUUUAAACCAAGUGAAAGUCGUUUAGCAUUGUAAAACCGAAGGGCCACUUUACCGCAAGCUAACGUUAGCUUGUGGCUAGCAGUGAUUCCAGGGAUGCUAAGGGGACACAUUUAGGAUAACGGAUGAGGAGUUGUCCUGGUUUUCACAACGAGGCUGGCUGCUGCUGCUGCGUUCAGGGGACACUCGCUGUAAACCCUGCCGUGAUGCAUUCACUGGCUCAGGAGAUCCAGGGCUUCUCCAAGAACCGCCUGAAGAAACAGUGCACGCGUGUUACCACGGUGACGGGCAGGAGGCUGCUGGAGAGGAGGGGUGAUGGAGGAGAGGAGGAGGAGCAGGUUGAAGAGCUGGAGGAGGGAGAUGGAUGUGGAUUUGUAGAGGAUAACAGUCUGGACCUUCAAGUUGGUGUCGUUAGACCCUUCCUGCUGCUGGCCUCUCAGGAUGCGGCCCACGACAUUGACACCCUGCAGAGACAUAAGGUGUCUCAUGUGCUAAAUGUGGCCUAUGGAGUCAAUAACCUGCUCCCAGAUCAGCUGGUUUAUAAGACUCUGCAGAUCCUGGACCUCCCAGACACCAACAUCACUUCAUAUCUGGAGGAAUGCAGCUCCUUUAUAGAUCAGGCACGAGCACAGGAAGGUGUGGUGCUGGUCCACUGUAACGCGGGGGUAUCGCGCUCCUCCUCCAUCGCCAUUGGCUACCUGAUGUUGAGGGAGGAGCUGUCGUUUGAUGACGCGUACGGCCAGGUGAAGCUGGCGAGGCCCUCCAUUCGCCCCAACCCCGGCUUCUACCAGCAACUACAGAGCUACAAACCUUAAAGCUGCAUCAACUAUUUCUUCUGGUCCACUUGGAAAACACACACAUCACAUAUCAUCACCCUUUACGUUACUGAAGUCAACCUGUUAGCAAACAGUCGCUUAUUUACACGUGCAAGCUCUAUAGUCACAAUAGCAAUAGUCACUCUCCUUCGAGCUCUGUUUUGGUCUCCACCAGCUCCUGAGGGAAAUAUCUGGCUCUUUAUCUGCGAGAUGUUCCACUGUGUUUGGCUAACUGUGUCUGUCUGCUUAGCAGGAUGUGUUCAGUGGCUUUUUAGAGUAAGUAUCAUAAACGAGGGAACAGGGCGAAGUUACAACCUGUUUUCAAAGUCGUCACAUACCGCCGCUUUAGGGGGAGUGGUCAGUUAUUUUGACAUCAGCACAAAAAGGCAUCCUUUCACGGUGGUAUGAUACAUCACCGGGCAGCAUGAGUGUAUCACGCCACUACGUUAUAAUGCCGCGUGUCAAAAAAUGUAAAUGCACAACCCCACAUUGUGGCUAGAUGCACGUCAGCGCUCCUGGACUCGCUGCCCCACGCCACUUGACGCCACUGUCCUAUUUCCAGCCUCACUGGCCCCAAAAUUAAAUGCAUUUUUCCCUCACUUGUACCCUGCUUGUACACACCAGCUCCCACAGCAGCUCCUUUUCUCUGCUCCUCUGGCAGCUCGACUCCUCACUACUGAUGUAUAAAGAGAACUCAGUAUCUGUUGCUGUGUCUCGUGUGAGACAAAGAAUAUAUGAGAUGAGACUCCUUGUUGAGGUUGAGAAAUAUCCCGAGCUAAACGACCCACAAUGCCGAUAUUAUAAAGACAGUGGCCCAAAAGAUAAUCCCUGGUGAGUCACAGCUCUUCAGGUGAGACAUCAAGUUUAAUUAGCAGCUGUCCACACAUGAUUUUAAGCUUACGCAGAGGUGGAGAACGUGAAAGUAGUAAUACAUUUGUGUGGUCGUCUGUUGACAGUCUGUUGUCAGUUCAUGCGCGGGGAGCUUGAAAGUCCCUACAGGGUGAUAAGGAAGGGCAGUGGAUGAGUCGAACACACACCGGACUUUCAGCCAGGAGCCUGCUGUUUGCUUCCUGUGUGAAUGUUGAGCCGAACCAUGAUGUUUUUUUUCCAAACCUAACAACGUGUUUCUGUUGCACAAGGAAAUAAACAUAAAUACGACUCUGUACAACAUCAGUACGGUGAUGCGGUGACCUCAUCUCAUACCCUUACUCAGCGUAUGGAGCUGCUCAUUUCACAUAAUUUCUAUACAUGUGAUAGAUGUGUUGUUUGUGUGUGCCAUAUGUACGUUCAUCCCCAGUGUGCAUGCAUGUGCUGAGCGGGCCCUUUAUAACCAUCUGUGAUCUUUUGUCUAAAAAUACAGCCAGUGAGUGAAACACUGCGUCUGCCUCUCGCUGCACAGACAGCUUUGUUAACUGAUUUUCUAUUAGAUCAGCUCUCACUUUCUUUGCAGCAUGGAUUGUUUUCUAAUUAAAGAUGUACCACUUUUUUCCGGAGGUGCAACUUGAUUUCUUUCUCAACUACACAAGCAGGUACGCCGUCAAUUAUAAUGAUUGCCCUCACUGCUGCAUUGUCUCUAUCAAUUUCACAACUUUGCAAAGUUGAUGGGCUAACCUCGCUCCCUUGAAAUAAUUAGCUUGUAAUUAGCUUGUUAGAUAAUGAGGGAGAAUCCAGUUGGCUCACAUGCUAAUCAACAAACACCGCUGGGACGAGCUCCUAACGCUGCACACUCACAGCACACAGAGGUAUCAUAUCCUAAUCUGCACUGUUUAAAUGGAAAUCAAGUCUAUAGGGCAGAUGUGUGUGUUUGCUGUUCAACCAGCUGCAAAAAUUUACUGAUCAUUAUUGUACUCGUUAAUGUCCUGUGUGGCGGCGUUAACGGUCCAAUCCAUACAGGAGGAGAUGUUCUGCACACUUAGCUGCAUCCUGACCUAAAUACAUUAGUUUAUAAGACAGGAAAUACACACUGUAGUUGAACGCUGUGUUCUGAAAUGUUACAGUGAAAUAAAAUAAGCAUCAAGUGUGCGCCCCAAAGCACAAAAUGACCAUAAUUUAACUGCAGUUAUGAAUAUUAAUGGUGACUGUGAUUACUUCACCAGCUGCUCACAUUUGUCUGGUUUUAACAGUCAGUUUUCAGACUGAACCUUUGAAUUCAAAUGAAGGGACAGCUGGCCAGUUGGCCCCGCCCCUUUGGUCGAGACUGAUACUGGAGCCACAGAUUUGAGCCAUAUAAUGACGGUAACAGCCGAUUAAGACCAAAUUAACCUGUCAGCAUUAUUAAAAGGUCUAAAUGAGCAUUCAUCAAUAUGUUUUACCACAAGGUGGCGACUCUGCAGUGGGCUAUUACAACACAGUGUCACUCCGAAGUCGUCGAAAACCAGCGCUUGGUCAGUGACUUCUGACGUUAGAUGUGGACGAAAAAAGCCGUGUUCACUUCCUGUAAGACUGUAAAGCCAAACCCUGUUCUUUUCUCCUAAACCCAACCACGUGCUUUUGCUGUUGAAUAAAAACAUGACAAUUA